UUUGGCCAUUUUCGCAAAGUGUCAUGUUUAGAUUUUGAGUAAUAUCUCGGCAGAUGUGCCACGGGGAGUCGGGUGCUGCUAGCUGACCGCGUGGCUUCAGCGUCAUUGACUCGUCCAUCAUGCGUUUUAGCACUCAGCUCUGCUAGCACCGGCUUAGCAUGGAUAGCCGCUGCCUGUACUGCUCAGCUAGACGCGUUUGUUUAAUUAUGUGUUUUCUUUCUCGUGAGAUAUAUGAAGGGAGACGUAAGUCGGUCUUAAUUGUUAAGGAGGAGUCACUGCUGUUAGAUUAGUUAGUUAGCCGCCUAGCCUCAAUGAUACAUUCCAUCACAUGCUAACUACAACAAUAGCUAAUGCGAGACACCUUUUAAGGUGAUUGAGCUGUUUGUAAACACAAUAAUGAACCGCGUUUAUUCCCAACCGGGGCAGUGUAUAUGACAAACCCGUGCUCCCGGUAUAUUUAGCAAUGUGGCAGUCUUUAUUUAGUCUUUGUGACCCGGGAUAAGCGCUGACGUUAAAUAACGUUAACCUAGAUGUUGGUGAAUAUUAGCGUAAAAUCUCUGGCCCUUCUUUGUGUGUUAUUUACAACCUCAGAUAACCUUACUUAGAUGUUUAAUGAUAAUGUUAAAUAUUCCGCCGAGCGUACCUUUAACCUCUCUCAAUUUAAAUUAAAAUAACAACAAUAAUAAUAUGGUAAAACGUGUUUCCGUUAGCUGUAACCGCAGCUGUGGUUCAGUGGGAGGAGGACACAGACGUGGCUGUUUCGAAGACGUCAUCGCAUUUCUUUGUUUUGAAGCGGAGGCGCGUCCUCGGCGGAAAUAUCCGCUAACGACAGCCUCAUACAAAGUGUUUGAGACUAAAUUGACGAUAGUGUUAAGUUUUCGCCGCGGAACCAUUUCGGUUUCAUUUUUAUGAUGGAUUCAUCACAUAUUUAAGGGCUGACGCUCGGACCCGCGUGGAGAGUGGCCUCCCUGCCGCCUGGUUACAUCUAGCUCAGCCCCUCCUCCAGACUGUGUCCCACUUAGCAUCACUGUGGCUCCAUGCCAGUGUUUUGCUUCCCAUAAGGGGUUUGGAGGAAGCGUUCCCGGUCCUGUUCUGACGCCAGACCAGUGUUGGCUGUUAGAUGUCGGCUUCUAUUAUUAUGAAUGAUGCCAUUUCCCAAAGUCGUCGGUAUGUGAGAAGAUCAUGGAGCUGCUGGGGCAGAACAAGAUUGAUCACCACCAGCGGCAGGUGGCGAUCCUCAGCCAGGACAGCUUCUACAAGGUGCUAACUCCAGAGCAGAAAGCGAAGGCGCUAAAGGGCCAGUUCAACUUUGAUCACCCAGAUGCCUUUGACAGUGAGCUGAUCAUGCAGACACUCAGGCAGAUCCUGGAGGGGGAGACUGUCCAGAUCCCAGUUUAUGACUUUGUCACUCAUUCCAGGAAAGACGAAUUUGUCACGGUGUAUCCGGCUGACGUGGUCCUGUUUGAGGGCAUCCUCAUGUUUUACUCACAGGAAAUCAGAGAUCUGUUCCAGAUGAAGCUGUUUGUUGACACAGAUCCAGACACACGGCUCUCGCGUCGAGUUCUGCGAGACAUCAGUGAGCGCGGUAGAGAGCUGGAACAAGUCCUGGCUCAGUACAUCACUUUUGUGAAACCAGCGUUUGAGGAGUUCUGCUUACCAACAAAGAAGUAUGCUGAUGUGAUUAUUCCACGAGGAGCAGAUAACCUUGUGGCCAUCAACUUGAUAGUACAGCACAUUCAAGACAUUCUGAACGGCGGACCAACCAAGCGCCACAACGGCUGCAUUAACGGCCACGCCACUCCGCGGCAGAGGCGGACCUCCGAGUCAAGCAGCCGGCCUCAUUGACCUCAUUGCACCUCUCUUCACGCAGCGGAGAGGGGUGUGGGGGUUGUGCUGUAAAUAAUGCCUGUUGGCAUCACUGUAUUUAAGAGAAGAGGAAAAAGAAAUGCAGAAAAAAUGGAAAUGCCUUUUAUUAUUAUGACUACUCUCAUGAUUAGUUUCUUUCAUUGUAAUUGUUGAUUUUUUUUGUCUGGAGAGUAAAGAGAGGGGCUGUUGUUGUUGUGAUGAGACCAUAGGUUAAAAUGGAUCCCAUGCAUUUUCCUCCCAGAUUGCUUUUUUUUUUCUUUCUUUUUUUAAUGUAUCCCCUGUUGCUCCGUGACGAGAAUGAAUAAAGAAGGGGUAACCUUAUUAUUUUUUAUGUCUGAUAAAACUUGAACUCCUGAUGAAGGGGGACUCUGGUAAUGUUUGGAAAGGUUUCAGGGGAGCUGGAUGUGAGUGGGAGGACGAGUUGGACAAGCCAGGAUUGCACUCUGUAUUCAUGCUGACAAUCUUGGAAGUGUUUCCUAUUGCUUUAUGUUCGGUGUUUGAGAUCCCUCGUUGUGUGUAGUGUAACACUAGAGGCCUGCAUACUACACAAAGUGUCCACCACAUUGUUUCUGUGUAACAUCGUCAGCAGAACAAACUAUUUUCAGUAUCAGUUGUCACAUGCAGAAAAAUAUGCACAUCUGACGCCAAAUGCUGUAAGGUUGAGCUGAUGGCUGGAUUAAUCCAGUCUAGUGUUCUAGAAAUUGUUCCACUUUUGUAUUGCUUACACCCUCUUAUAUUUAACUCCCUAUUGAAGUAUAUUGGUUGAAGCUUGCUUAUACAGGUAUUCCUGUCUUUGGUACGACGACUGAUUUGUGAGCAAAGCAUUGUGUAACGUUCUCACACUGUUCCCCAGUUUACCAUGCAUAAACACGACAUUUCAAGACGACACACAUACUCUCAGGUCAAUCAUACCAAUUGGUUUGAAAUGCCAGAAAAAGGGAGUGUUCAACACCACAGUAAUAUCCAUCAUCCCGCUUGUGUGGCCAUUAACCACCAAGACCCACCACAAUGCCUCUGUAAAGUUGCCUCAGGUUAAUGUGUACAGUAAGUAAAAACACUAGUUUCCACUUUGACAAGGGUUACAAUAAAAACUGUUGAAUCAC